GUUUUUGUUCUUAAUUAGUAGUAUUAUUUAGUUAUUAAGUGACAAAUCUAAUCUGUAACAGCAGCCCUAAUCCGCAGCGCCGCCAGUUACUUCCUUCAUCCAUCUUAUUCCGGCGACGACCGUACAAACCCAGCUGCUGGCGCCGCCGUCUCUACUCUAUCAGAGUUGCUUUUAAGCUUCGUUUUGGAGGAAAAUUGCAGAGCUAAGCAAAUUUCAUUGCAACAAUCAAUCGUAUUCUCAGCUGAUAAUUUGAGUAUGGCGGCUUUUGGUGCAGCGAUGUCUCUCAAGAAUACGAUUGAGCGUAUUCUACAAUCGUCUGGCAUUUCUCUGGUUUCCCACUCUCCACAAAUCCUACAACCUGCCUACCACGAGAUGGAUCGCUUGAGGACUGCUUUGCUGUUAAUUGACAUCACCAGCUGCAGCAAGAUCAGGACGGAGGUGAAUGGUGUGGAUGAACGAAUCAAAGAGGCAGUUUGGGAAUUUGAAGAUUUACUCGAAUCCCAUGUCUUACAUCAGAUUCUUCCACAACUCGAAAGCGAGAGAGACAACUUGUCAUUCUCGGUAGAUCUGCAGAGUCUGCAACACCAUGUUGAUUGCUUCGUCGAGAAGAUGAAGAUGAUGGAGAAAGAGUACAUCAUUGAAAUAAAAAAUAUGGCUGAAGAAGAAGGGGAGCCUAUUUCCUCAAGAAUUGAUAUUGUUGGAGUGGUCAAUUCAAAUCUGCUUAGGGUUGGAACAUAUCAUCAUUUUGAAAAAGUGAGAAAGUGUCUUCUUGAAGAAAAUAACUAUGAAACCUAUUCCAUUAUUGGGAUGGCGGGCGUUGGAAAGACAUCUCUUGCUGUGCAUAUUUUUCAAGAUUCAUCAAUUCGAAGCCAUUUUGAGUUUCGAGCAUGGGUCGAAGUGGGCAGAAAAUGCGAAUCCAAUGAAUUGUUACGAUGCGUUCUAGCUCAAGUGGAUCCCAACACUUACCAUCACCUUACCCAAGAUGAUGAUGAUGAGGCAGAGUUAGUUGGAAUCUUGAAAGAAAGUUUGAAGGGUAAGAAAUGUCUCAUCGUGUUGGAUGAUGUUUGGGAGAUACAAGCAGCAAAUCACUUGAGAAAUUGCUUGGAAGAAGAGAAUAUUGUUGGAAGGAUUCGAUUCUUACUUACAAGUAGAAAACAAAUUAUACUCACAAAGAAUGCGCUUGUUGAAAGAAUGCGCUUGUUGAAUGUGAGAGAAAGUAAGCAAUUACUUGGUGAGAUGGUAUUUGGUGAAGAGGGUUUCCCUCCUCAACUUGAGGAGUUGGGAGAGAAGAUUGCCAAGAAAUGUGACGGUCUUCCUCUUAUGAUAGUCACGGUUGCCGAGCUUCUAUCAAAAGCCGACAAGACCCCAGAAUACUGGACUGAGGUACUCGUCAAACAACAUAGUUCAGUCUUCGUGGAUGCAUAUAAUCAAAUAUCCGAGCAACUCGAUUUACCGGAUGAUCAGUCUUGUAUCAAGACCAUUGAAUUAGUGGAGUGCAAUCCUUUAGGUGUGGCUUGUGCCAAUCAAUUAAAGCAUAAGUUUUCCUUUAAACUUACCACUCGUUCAUCUUUCUGAGCUCAAGGGACUUUGCAACUCGCGUGACAGGCAAAUGAGAGAGCUAAAGGGCUCAGACGCCGCGUUAUCCCAUAAUUUAGAUUGUGUUACGACAUUGUCGUCUGAAUUUAAGGAUUGUAACUUGCUUUGGAUUUUUUCGAGUGUUAUGAAACAUGAGUUGUGACUUAUGUAUGUUGUUUGUAAUAGAAAUUGUUGUAAGUUGGAUUUGUGUGAAAGCAUUACUUGUUAUGCAUGAUUUCACUUUGUUUUGA